AUGCUGAUCCGACGCGAGGGAGAGGAGAAGGACUGCCACCCACAGCCGGACAUCGACCUCUGCAAGAAGCCAUGGGUUUCAUCUAACAAAGUCACAUGGAUUAUUGUUGGCGUUGUGGUGGGUUUGUUAGUCGUGGCCACGAGUUUGGUGGUGCUAUACUUCCACUUCAGGCGGAGGAAGCGGGAGAAGAGCGAGGACGUGGAAGACCGACACUACAGGGCGGACUACGGGCUUGAUGAGCUGCCGGUGGCAGGGAAACCACGGCCGGACCAGGAUAUGAGGUCGCCGGACCGAUCACCCAGCGGCUUCGGCAGGCGGUCCCGCGACCCGCUGCAGGUCGGCUCUGAGCCCAAAUAUCCGCCACCCGGGCAGCUUAACGGCCAUCUGAGCGCCUUUGACGAUGGCGCCUCGUCGAGGUCCGGCAAUGGCUCGUCAUACCCGCCGAGCGUCAACCCGGCGUGGCCAAAGCGGGAGAGCAGCCAGCUAAAACCACAAGACAAUUGA